GGUUUCAAAUACAACAGACAUGGCGACCAUAAAUCGUGUUGAUCGUUCAAUAUGUAUAUUGAUGAAGAUUUUCGUACUAUUAUUUUGCAUAUUUGCUACGUUUUCAUCUCUGACAUGGAGCAUGUAUACUGGUUUAUGUGUUAUCCUUAUCAUAUAUGCAAUUGCCGCUUUGUUAUAUAUACCUCGACCAAAUGUUGAACUUGUCAAAUCGGCUCUCGCUCACAACACCGAGAACACCAACACAGAGUCGACCACACCUAAUAAUAUUAGUGAAACAACUAAACGCAAGAAUAAAGUGCUGGUUAUUGCGCAUAGAGGAGCGGGCGACGAUGCACCGGAAAACACGCUGGUUGCUUUCAGACUGGCUAAGAAGAAUGGUGCAGACGCCAUCGAAUUCGACCUGUCGUUCUCUAAAGAUGACGUUCCCAUUGUUAUCCACGAUGACACGGUGGAUAGGACGACAGAUGGGACUGGCAACAUAUCAGAUCUGUCUCUUGCUGAACUUCGCAGACUGAAUGCUGCAGCCAAGUUUAAACAAGCUGUCUUUCCUCAUGAAACCAUCCCUACUCUAGAUGAAGCUCUUCAAGAAUGCCUGCAUCUGGGACUGAAAAUGUUCAUUGAUGUUAAGGAGUAUGACUCGCGCGUGUUUCCAGUCAUUCAGAAGGCAUUCAGGGAUUACCCAAAGCUGUACGAUCAGGCAAUGGUCUGCUCCUUCUAUCCUAACGUCGUUUACAAGGUAAGGAAGGCUGACCCUAGGAUUAUGACAGGUCUUACGUGGAGGCCACAUUUUCCGGUGCAAGCGUCUGUGGGAGGAGCGUGGGAUCCACCUGGUGGUGUGGACGGUAAACGACGACAUUGAGAAGCACUUUCUUCAUGACUGCCUGCAACUGCACUACAUGACAGAUAGUCUCGUCGCGACGGACACAGAAGUAGAGGGCAAUACCGGGGAUGUAGGUGGAGCUGCGGACUGCAAAGAGAAGUAACGGUGGGGGCAGUACCGCCCCCUGGAGUAAAUGCAUCGAUGCUGCUUGCGUAAUGCUGUGGAACCACUGGUCUUAUCGCAUGUGUACACCAGCCCCACCAUUAUUACUAAUGUUGUGCCAAACAUUUGCUGUUUUAUGUCAGAAUACGGAUAUCCAUGUGAUAAGUUUGUGAAAAACCAUAUUUGAUCAAUUUUUUAAAAGAUAUCAGAACCGUAAGUUUUAAGGAAGCCAGCACAGUGUAGUAAGUUUUAUGGAUGAUGACGUAGUAGGUUUUAAGGAAGUCAGCAAAAUCGGUCUCAGGGAUGUUUUAAUGAAGUCAACACAACAAAAUACUUUUUGCCGUCCUUUUUACUUUGUAUUAUUAUAUGUACAUUUCCUCUUUUAUAUAUUUGCCCUGUAUUCAUGCCUAGCGUGUUAUUAACCAAAACUGUCUCUUGUUGCCAAACGCAAGCACGCACAAAGAAAGUUCAGUUGGGGUAGGAUUAUAUGUAUGAUUAUAACAUUGAUUAUAACAUAUGAUUAUAAAUUAGUCCUAUUUUUCCAGGUUGAUGCAUGAGGCUGAUUUUAUAUAUAGACGUAAAUUAUUAAAUAUCUUUAUUGUGUUAUUAAUAUUGAAA